AAACCGGAUCCGGUUCAAGCAAUAAACCGCUCCGUCGCUUCGCCCGGUCGCGAGCUAGGGUUUAGGGUUGAGGGCCUUAAACCUUCCUCUCCCUUCUCCCAUGGUGGUCGAGAGCUAGGGUUUCGAGGGUUUCUCCGUCCCCACCACCUCUCCCCUUCUUCUUCUAGCCUCUUCUCUAGGGUUAUUGGGCAUCUUCUUCCCCUCUCCCCAUCGCACGAUUUCGGAGUGCUCGAGAUCACCAUGUGGGCGAUUCGCCGCGCCGCAAUUCCCGUGAGGAGCCACACUCACCAAUUUGUGGUUGCUCGUUGUUGUCACGCCAUACCGGAAACACCAAGCAAUGACUUAGAGCAAAGAGAGGUGCGCCAAGGAAAAGAGUAUGGCCGUUCCCAUAGCUACUAUAUCCCAAAGUCCCUCCUCUGUGGCUCUUCUAUUUCUCCUACUUUCCUAUGGGGUAGGAAUCUUUCUUCUCAGGCUUGCGUUACGUCCAAUAGUAAAGCGGAUGACGCAGAGGAGGGCUUUUCUGAUCUUGAUGUGCCUCCUGAAACUGAUAAUUCGAUUGACUUAUCUGAAGAAGGUAACUUAUCGGAAGAAGAUUCCGGUGAAGCUGCUGAUAAAUCUAUUGGCUUAGCAGACAGCGAAUCUGAUUUGAAAGGUAAAAAGGUGUCAAGUAAGAAGGUAUGCUCAACUCCUCUUUUCAAGAUUAUAAUAGAUGCUUCAAGACCAGCUGUAACGGGAGCGCUUAACAAAUGGGUUGAGGAAGGCAAUGCAUUGGGACGAAAUGAAGUAUCUUUCACGCUUCUUACUCUUCGCAAGCGGAAAAAAUAUGCAAAAGCACUACAGUUUAUGGAGUGGCUAGAAUCAACCAAGCGCCUAGAUUUUGCUGAGCGUGAUUACGCUUCGCAGCUAGAUUUGAUUGCCAAAGUGUACGGCAUCAACAAAGCUGAGAAGUUCAUCGAGAAAAUUCCCCAAUCCUGUAGAGGCGAGAUAAUCUACCGGACCCUUCUGGCCAAUUGUGUCGGUGCCGUCAAUGUAUCAAAAGCCGAAGAAGUCUUCAACAAAAUGCGCGAUCUUGGCUUGCCGAUCUCUACCUUCGCGUGCAACCAGUUGUUACUUCUUUACAAAAGAAUCAACAAGAAGAAGAUAGCUGAUGUCCUUUUACUGAUGGAAAAGGAAAAUGUGAAACCCUCUCUCUUCACUUACAAGCUUCUAGUGGACACUAAAGGCAUUAGCAAAGACAUAUCCGGUAUGGAACAGAUUAUGGAGACGAUGAAGAGUGACGGUAUCGAGCCAGAUUUUGUGAUUCAAGCCAUGGUUAUAAAGCACUACAUCUCCGCAGGUCUUAAGGAUAAGGCCGAAGCUGCUUUGAAGGAAAUGGAAGGCAGUGAUAUUAAAGAGAACCGUGCUUCUUGCAAGGCGCUUCUCCCUCUCUACGCUGCUCUCGGGAAAGCCGAUGAAGUUGAAAGGAUUUGGAAAGAGUGCGAGGCUAGCCCCCGUAUAGAUGAGUUUUUAGCCGUUAUAGAAGCUUGGGGAAAGCUAGGGCUGGUAGAAAAGGCCGAAGAGGCUUUUGAGGAAGUGCUGAAGAAAUGGAAGAAGCUUUCUUCAAUGUACUACACUGCCCUGUUGAAGGUUUAUGCAAACCAUAAGCUUCUCUCUAAGGGGAAGGAUUUAGUUAAGAGAAUGUCUGAUAAUGGCUGCAGAAUUGGUCCUACGACUUUGGACGUGCUGGUGAAGCUUUACGUAGAAGCUGGUGAGGUCGAAAAAGCUGAUUCCAUACUGCAAAGAGCUAAUCAGAAUAAUCAGAUUAAGCCCCGCUACAACACAUACAUUACUUUGCUGGAAAAUUAUGCAAAAAGGGGAGAUAUUCACAAUUCAGAGAAGGUAUUCAACAGGCUGAGACAAAUUGCGUAUGCUGGGAGGAUGAAGCAGUAUCAGUUGCUACUUCUAGCUUAUGUUAAUGCGAAGACCCCUGCGUACGGGUUUAGAGAGAGAAUGAAAGCGGAUAAUAUUUUCCCGAACAAGGCGGUGGCCGCGCAACUCGCUGCUGUUGAUGCUUUUAGGAAGACGCAGAUAUCCGAAUUGCUUGAUUAGGUUAUAAUUUCAUUAGUAGGUAACUUUGUAUUGUGAUGAUACAUGGAUUUACUCUAAUGCUAUUUACACAUGAAAAUGGAUUUCUGAAUCCUUCAUUGUUGUACUUGGUUCGAGACGUACUCGGAUACUUUUGACAAAAUAAGAUAUUUAUUCUUACAAA